GAGAGCCCCAAGGAGGCGUCAGUGCCUCCAAGAAACCUCCCGAUCUGGGGACCCAGGAGAUGCCCCCUCUCUGCCUGGGGACCCGCCUUUCCGUUCCCCAGGUGUCCAAGGCCUGCCUCCUGAUGGCCCCGAUGUCCACGGAGCUGUUGGGUGGGACCGAGGGCCCUGUCUCUCAGCCUUCUCUUGGGCCCCUGGACGGUGACAAACGUCCCGUCAGAGAUCCCUGAUGGGAGGGCAGGCGGGUCCCAGGAGAGAGACUGAGCAGGUCGGGGAGCUGAGGGUCAGGGUCGGGGUCAGGGAUGGGUGGGCGGGUAACGACCAGCUCCUCACAGAGUGAGGAGGGCAGACAGGAGCGGAGAGAGAGGGAAAUGCUGAGAGAGAUGGGGAGACAGGCAAAGAGAGAAAAGAUGGGAGAGAAAGAGAGAAACACAGAGACAGAGGCAGACAGAGAGAGGGACGCUCCUUACAGACCUUUCCCAUGAAAACAGCGCAUCGUCCACACACACGUCCCCACAGUUCAAGCAUGCACAUCCGAGUGGGUCUGAAGAACCUGUCACACCCCAUCACCACGUGAACCCACCGCACACACACAGCCAAAGGUCAGGCGCAGGAAUGAAGGAAGGAGUGAGAGAGUGAAUGAAUGAAUGAGGCUGUCAGCACAGUGCCUGGCACACAUCCCAUAAACACUUGUUGAAGGACAGUGUGACCCCACACAGCCACACAAACCCGCUGUGCAAACGGCCCCACAGAGAAACCACGAGCCCCCAGGCGGCCGAGAUUUCUGCGUCCCGUCACCACAGAGGCAAGGGCCCCGGGGAGGCCGGAGGGACCUUUAAAUCACCAGGCCAAACCCUGGCGUGGAGACGAAGGAGCUGAGGCCCCACCAGGCACAGGGACCGGGGAAGGAGGAGCAGAGGUCCGUGCCGGGGUUCCCCUGCAUGUGUCUCCUUCUCUCCGCCCUUCGCUCACUAUUCUCUGAACUUCUCCGAGCCCUGAAGUUGGAUCCAGCUGCUCCCAUGUGCUGGGGUCUUCCCACCCAGCGUGUUUGCGCACCCUCCACCCUCAAAGGGGCAGACUCAGCUCCUCACCCAUCACCUGAGCUCGCCCAUCCCCAGGACGGUCAAGGAGAGAAGCCCUCGGCCCUGCCUGGUGAGACCCACCUCUCCCAGCACUGUCCCCACCCCUGACCUUCGGAGGGACUUGGAACAAAAGUGGACCAGGGAGAAGAGAUUAGGGAGGGGAGAAAAGGGAGGAGGGGUAGGAUAGAGGGCCUGAGAUGGAGGGGGAGACAGGGACGGAGAGGUGGGGGGCAGAGAAAGAGAUGGGGGGGUAGGGCAGGCUGAGCUGGGGAAGAUGGAGCGGGAGAUGUGGAGACGGGCCGGCGCGCAGGGUGCCCGCCCUCAGACCUACCCUCCGGGCCAUGGGCUGAAGCCGGCGGCCGCUCCCGGGUCCCUCCAGGGCCUGGCCGGCGGGGAGGGCGCAGCCAGGGGCAGCGGCCCGGGUGGCCGAUGGGGCCGACGCCAGGGGGUGGGGCAGGAGGCUGGGUGCCCGGCUCCCCCACCCCCCCCACGGCCGUCAGCGGCCGGCGCCGGGCGGGGAGCAGGCUGCGCGCAUGGACCCCCAGCGCCCGGCCCCGCGGGGGUCACGGCCAGGGGCGCAUGCCGGCCAGCGGGGGCGCGAGGCGGGGGAGGGUCGCCCGAGGCCCCCUCCCCGGGGCGCCCAGUCCCUGCGCGGGUCCUGGGAGGACGGAACCAGCCCGAGACAGACACGCAGCCCGAGACAGACAGUCCGCCCGCGGGCCGGGGGCGGGGUGGGGCGCGCGGGCCGGCGUCGGCGGGCCCGAGGGAUGCUGGCGGCUCGUCUCCUCUCCCCUCUCCCGGUCUCUCCCUCUCUCUGUGGUCACAUCCGGAAGUUCCACCGCGGAGAUGCUUAACCCGCUGUCCGCCGGCGGCGCGAGCGGGCGGGGCGGGCGGGUCCCCAGCCCCCUCUCCUCCCCUCCCCCCGCCCCAUCCCCCCGCCGGGGGCGCAGCGGCUUCCCGGGGCCGCGUUGUAUCGCAGUCUCCCCGGGGCUCGGCUCCCUCAGCCCCUACCCACCCUGCCGCCCUCUCUCCGGGUCAACCCCCACCCUCCGGCUCCGGGGCGCCCCGGCCUCCCCCCUCCUCGGCCGCCACAGGUCUCUGCCCCUCUCCCCCUCCUUGCUCUCCGCCCUUCCCGUCUCCGUCUCUCCAUCUCCCCGCUUCCCUCUUGUUUCCACGGCUUCAAGUCUCUCCAUUCCCUUCUCUCUUUGUCUCUCGGUCUCUCUCUGCCAUCUCUGCGCGUCUCCGUCUCUCCCUGCCCCCCACGCUCGCGCAGGCCCUCCCACCUCUCCCCACCCCCCUCCUUCUCUGUUCUCUCUCUCUCUCCGUCUCUCUGACGCUGAGACAGAAUCCGAGGAGAGAACUGGAGGCUGGAAGCAGCCAAACCCCAUAUUUUAGUUUCCCUUCUGGCUCUGGCCCCCCGAACUUCCCUCCCCUGGGAGACAAGGACACGCGUGCGCCUGUGUCUGGAGCCAUCGGGGUGUGCGCGCGCGAGGGUGUGUUUGCAGGAGUGACUGUGUGCGUUGUUCCGGCCUCUAAAUAUGGUUCUCAGCCUGGAAUUCGCUCCACUGUCCUGGGAGUUGGUGGAAUCUCCAGAAUCGAGGAGGAACGAGGCGCCCGGUGACGCCUCCGCUGGAGCGCGCGCAGGUCCACGGUUUCCUCGGAGGAGCCUGGGACCCACCCAGCCUUUGACGCUGGCGCUCUCAUGAGGUCAAGGGAAGAUGUCUGCGGUGAACAUUUGUUGAGCACCUACUGUGUGCUGCGUGGUGUUCUG